GCGGCUGACAACAGACUUCGGGACAAUUUGGCACGUCAUCUCAGGGAACAAGUUCGUUGUGGAGGCAGCCGUGAACUGCCGCAGCAAGUUCCAUGUACAGAUCGGCGAGAUGAAGGUCGUCGGAUUUCAGCAUGAGCAGUUCAGCGAGGGGCUGCUGCCGCACUUAACCCUGGAAAACCUCAUCGCAGGUCUGCCAUAUCUUUUAAUGAUCUUCCUAUGCUUCGCCUACAUGGGCCUUUCAUCUCUCUGCAAGGAGGGAGAGCCCGAUCCGACGACUUCGCUCCUGCUGCAGCUGAAGAAGAGCCUGUGUGUAGACGACUGGGAAGCAUCCCUUCGCUCCGUAGGGGUCGUGGUUUUAAUCUUCUCGGUGUGCUACAGGAAGAUGCACUUGCUGACCGGCAAGAGGAAAUCUGCGUAG